AUGCUCGACGCCAUCAAGAAAUUGACCGCAACAACGGGCUCGACCUCCGCACUCAUGAAGGCCGUGCGUUUCCACGGCCAGCGCGACUUGAGGCUGGACCACAUUCCAGAACCGCAAGUCGCCAAGGGUCAGGUCAAGCUGAAGCCUGCUUGGGUCGGCAUCUGCGGGAGCGAUCUGCACGAGUACAUGGGAGGCGCAAGCAUCUGCCCCACCACUCCUCAUCCAAUCACCGGCGAAACCGUCCCCCUCACCUUCGGCCACGAGUUCAGCGCUGUCGUCGAAGAAGUCGGCGAGGGCGUGACCGACUUCGCCCCCGGCGACCGCGUGUGCGUGCAGCCCAUCAUCUACGACGGAGACUGCGCCGCUUGCGAGGAAGGCCUGAUCAACUGCUGCUACAAGAACGGCUUCAUCGGCCUCAGCGGCUGGGGCGGCGGCCUUGCCGAGCACAUCGUCACCCCGCAGUCAUGUCUGUACAAGCUGCCUGAGAACGUGUCACUGGAGAUCGGUGCCCUCGUCGAACCGCUAGCCGUCGGCUGGCACGCCGUCAACAUCUCGCCCUUCGACCCCGCCACCACGCCCUCGGUCCUCGUCCUCGGCGGCGGGCCCAUCGGCCUCGCCGUCAUCCAAGCCCUGCGCGCUCGCGGCGCCGCCCAGAUCAUCGUCUCCGAAGUGUCGCCCCGGCGCAAGGCCUUCGCGCGCCGCUUCGGCGCCCACCACGUGCUCGACCCCGCCGCCGACGACGUGCCCGCGCGCUGCCGCGAGCUCUCUCCCGGCGGCGGCGUGCACGUCGCGUACGACUGCGCCGGCGCGCAGGCGGGCCUCGACGCCGCCGUGCACGCCGUGCGCGCCCGCGGCACCGUCGUCAACAUUGCCAUCUGGGAGCGCCGCUGCAGCCUCUUCCCCAGCGACUUCUGCUUCAAGGAGCGCUCGUACAUGGGCGUCGCCACGUACCAGGCCGGCGACUUCCGGGCCGUGCUGGACGCGAUAAGCGAGGGCAGGCUCACGCCCGGCGAGAUGAUCACGAAGAGGAUCGAGCUGGACGAGGUCGAGGCCGAGGGGUUCAAGACGCUGAUCGAGGAUAAGGAUAAUCAGGUGAAGGUGUUGGUGAGGGCGAAUCGUCUGGGUGGGGAGAGUAAGUUGUAA